AUGUCUACACAAAACGAGGAGAUGGAGGAGAGACAGGUAUGGCUUGCGGUGAUGGGGGUGUGGGGUGUAUUCAUCAAGGAGAAGGGUACAUUCUUCGGCGGAGUAAAGUACGCCUGUAUACCUUGCCACAUAGGAGGCCGCAAUUGGGAAUGCGAGCAUCACAAGGAAGAACUAUUUCCGGCGAAAGGACCGGGACGGCCACGCAAGGGAAGCCCUCAUGUUCAGAGCAAAAAAUGUUGGCGCGGCCAAUGCGACAUAUGCGGUCCGGGUGCUGCGCGGAAUUCCGCGGCAUUACGAGCCCAGGCGAAGCUGGGAAUUAACACGGGAUCGGUGGGGAGUGCACCACCGAUGCUGCCUACGGGAGCAACGUCCUCUUCGUUGCCGAUGUACUAUUCCGGUCCCGGCCAAGACGGGCAAAGCUUAUUCAUGCCUCCGCAAGGCUUUGGUCCCGGCCCUGGUGUUGACAUGGGCCUAAACCCAUACUAUCCAACGGGAUUAAAUCAGCCGCACCAGCUCGAAAACCUCCAGCUGCCACCGCACAUGCCGGCCCAGAUGCAGAAUCAGGGCACUCAGCAUGGGCCGGCUUUCGAUUAUUCUUUCCAGCAGCACGUAGGAUACCCUCCGAUCCCACAGAACGGCGUAUCUAAGAAGGAGUACGUGCCCACCGGCAAGCCUCGCAGUCUCCCGAAAGGAAACGGCGUGAAGAAGGCCACCAAGGCCAAGCCCGCUGCUGCAGCUGUAUCGACGCGUACUGGCGGUCGCGGUCGCGGCGGACCCACCGGGCCCGGACUGCCGCCGGGCUCGGGGCUUAUCGGUUCCGGUACACCAUCGACAGGAUACGAAGGCCAUGGCUAUGGCUUUCCCGAAGUCUUCCAUACCAUGCCUUCCAAGCCAUACUAUGGAGGCCCCGUUAUUAGCUUACCUCCUCUCACCGACUUACCUCCUCUCAUGACGCCAUCCGCGAGCGGACAGUCGUCCAACUCGGACUUUAUGGGCCCCGGCACACCAGCGGCAUCCUAUGGAGUCCUCUACAAUGGCUUACCUAACGCCUUCGCCACCAUGCCGGAUCCCAUGACGCCAUUCGGGGGCGGACAGCAGCCCGGCUCGGGGCCUGGGGCUUUUGGCAUAUCAGCGUCAGGCUCUCAAGCCCAGGACAUGGAAAACCCAGGGGAAUUCAUGUCCCGGGUUUGCAAUGGAGAUCCCACGAAUUGCAUGUGCGCCGCCUAUGUGGCAUUCAACCUUGACUCCAUGAGCGGCGCUCUCUACUCGCAGCCCAAAAGGCAAUGA